AUGUCCGAGCAAACGAAGACCGAGAAGCCAGAGGGCAUCAAGACUGAGGAGACCACUGCGGCUGCCGACUUCACCAAGUACAAGCUUGCGGGGGAGAUCACGAACAAUGUGAUGAAGAAGCUCGUCGAGCUCUGCGUCGAGGGCGCGAAGGUGCUCGAGCUCUGUGUCGAGGGCGACAAGCUCCUCGAGGCCGGCACGGGCGCCGUGUUCAACAAGCCAGUCAAGGGCGUGAAGGUCGCCAAGGGCAUCGCGUUCCCGACCUGCGUCUCCGUCAACAACACCGUCUCGCACUUCUCCCCGCUCGAGUCCGACCCGUCCUCGUCCCAGACGCUCGCCAAGGGCGACGUCGUCAAGCUCCACCUCGGGGCGCACAUCGACGGCUUCGCGGCGGUCAGCGCGGAGACGCUCGUCAUCGGCGCGUCCGCGGCGGAGCCCGCGACGGGCCCCAAGGCGGACGCCGUCGCGGCGGCGUGGACCGCGGCCGAGGCCGCGAUGCGCCUCGUCAAGGUCGGGAACAAGAACUGGGCGGUCACCGAGGCCGUCGGCAAGAUCGCGGCCGCGUUCGGGUGCAAGCCCGUCGAGGGGAUGCUGUCGUGCCAGCAGACGCAGAACGUGAUCGACGGAAAGAAGCGCAUCAUUUUGAACCCGUCUGAAGAACAGAAGAAGGGCUUUGAGACCGUGACAUUCUUGGAGAACGAGGUAUGGGGGAUCGACAUCCUGGUCACGGCUGCGGAGGACGGCAAGGCUCGUCUCGAGGAGUCAAGAACGACUAUCUACCAAAAGGAUUCGACUGUGACAUACCAGCUCAAGAUGAAGACGUCGCGUGCGGUCUUCUCCGAGGUACAAAAGAAGGCGGGCGCGUUCCCCUUCAACAUCCGCUGCCUAGAGGACGAGAAGCGUUCGCGACUGGGUCUCCAAGAAGCCGUCCAGCACGGUCUUGUGAAGCCCUAUGAGAUCAUCUACACGCCUGCGAACACGCCCGUCGCCGCGUUCCAUUUCACAAUCGCGCUCCUUCCCGGCGGCCCGUCGAUGAUCACGAGCCCACCAGUGUGGUACAAGCCCGAGCUAGUGAAGACGGAGAAGACGCUCGAGGACGGGGAGCUCAAGGAGCUGCUGACGAAGCCGCUGCGCGAGAGCAAGAAAGCGAAGAAGGCAGCGAAGGCGGGCGAGGAGGCUAAGGCGUAG